AAAAGCGCUCCGGAAACUCAAUGGCUAAGAAAGAAAAUAUUUUUUACACGAAUAAAUUUAACGAAUUAUCUUAUCAGUAUUAAAUAUACUUUGGAAGAGAAAAUAAUUUUUUAUUUUUUAAUAAAUAGUGUAUGAAAAUGGCAACUGAUAGUAGAAGACGUGUUGCAUUAAUUACUGGUAUUACUGGACAAGAUGGUUCCUAUUUAGCAGAAUUUUUAUUAGAGAAAGGAUACGAUGUACAUGGUAUAAUUAGACGAGCUAGCUCUUUUAAUACUGCUCGAAUUCAACACCUUUAUGAGGAUCCAAAAUGUCAUCGUCAAGGCAAAAUGAAGUUGCAUUAUGGUGAUAUGACAGAUUCCAGUAGUUUAAUUAAAGUAAUUAGUUCUGUACAACCAACAGAAAUUUAUAAUCUUGCUGCUCAAAGUCAUGUUAUGGUAAGUUUUGAAGUAAGUGAAUAUACUGCUGAAGUAGAUGCAGUAGGAACAGUUAGAUUAUUAGAUGCAAUACGUACUUGUGGCCUUGAAAAAUCUGUUAAAUUUUACCAUGCAUCAACAUCUGAACUUUAUGGCAGGGUAACUCAAGUACCUCAAAAUGAAAAAACUCCAUUUUAUCCUCGUUCACCAUAUGCUUGUGCAAAAUUAUAUAGUUUUUGGAUUGUAAUAAAUUAUAGAGAAGCAUAUAAUAUGUUUGCUUGUAAUGGUAUUUUAUUUAAUCAUGAGAGUCCUCGUAGAGGAGAGAAUUUUGUUACAAGAAAAGUGACUAGAUCUAUAGCAAAGAUACAUCUUGGUUUACAAGAUAUUCUUGAAUUAGGAAAUUUAGAUGCUAAACGAGAUUGGGGACAUGCAAAAGAUUAUGUUGAAGCAAUGUGGUUAAUGUUGCAACAACCAACAGCAGAUGAUUAUGUUAUAGCAACAGGAGAGACACAUAGUGUUAGAGAAUUUGUGGAAGCAGCAUUUCAAUAUGUAGGUCGUACCAUUAAGUGGGAAGGUGAAGGAAUAAAUGAAAUAGGACAGGAUGUACAAACAGGACAAAUAUUAGUUAGAGUGAAUCCUAAAUAUUUCCGUCCAACAGAAGUAGAUGUACUUUUGGGUGAUGCUACUAAAGCAAAAGAAAAAAUUGGUUGGAAACCUACUAUUACAUUUGAGAAUCUUGUAAAAGAUAUGAUGGAUUCUGAUUUAGAAUUAAUGAGGAAAAAUCCAAAUGCUUAAAAUUAUUUUUAAUAUCAAAAGUUAAUUAAUUAAUAUUAAAAAUACAUUCUAUGAUGUCUCUGUGAGACAAUAGUAUUUAAAAAAUUGAUUUGUUAGAUUAUAAGAAAAUUCGAAUAAUAAUUUAUUCGUUUGUUAUAUAUUCUUAAAUCUGAUACAAACAAGUUUUUUUUAAAC